UUGAGUCCUUCUGAGACCUUUCUAGAUGGUGAACGAACUGAGGUGCUGUUUCGAGGGCUUUGGCUGAAGGACUAUAUAUACACGCGACAAUGGCUGGGAGGUCAGUUUAUCAAGAUCCUUACAGUCAGCCUUUUCAAAGGAACGAACCUCUACCGACAGGUUGGGAAAUGUUAUACGACAAGACAACAGGUUGGCCAUAUUUUGUGGAUCACAACACGCAUCAUACGACUUGGCAAGAUCCAAGGAUAAGGAUGACUCAGUCAAUGGGUUACCCUCAACAAGAUUAUGGAAUGGGGCGUGGUCAUCAGCCAAGCUACUACCCUCAGGGGAAGACAGUGGAAAUUCCUGUCAUUCAUGAAUCUUCUAGAGCCUCACCUAAUAGGCAGGUGCCUCAUCAUACCAGUACAUGGCCAGGUCCACCUCAGCCACAGCCUCACCAGCCAUACCCCCAGGGGCGUGCAACUCCCCCCUCCCAACAAAGCCAUCCCACUCACAUGCAACACGCCCAAGGGAGAAGUUCCCCUAGCAUGAGGGAAAUACCUGUUCAACAUUUAACUAUCAAUGAAAAUCGACCCCAGGUACAGCCAAGUCAUGGACAUGGUCAAGGAUAUCCACAGCCAUCACAAGGGCACCCCCAACAGCCAAUGCAGGGCCACCCCCAACAGCCAAUGCAGGGCCACCCCCAACAGCCAAUGCAGGGCCACCCCCACCAACAGCCAAUGCAAGGCCACCCUCAGCCUCAGCCUGGGUAUCCCCACCCACAGGAACACCAACCCCAGACUUACCCACAGCCCCAGGGAUAUCCUCCUCAGCAUGUGAGAGAUCAGGGGAUACAUCAGCCAAGUCCGCAACAAGCUCCACCCCGACGUGAGACUAACGAGCCAAUUGUUAUACCAAUUCUCCAUGAAAACUCAAAACCAGGAGCUCAAAACCAAUCCAGUCAGCAAAUGCCCCAGCCAAGAACCCAGCCUCAUUUUUCAAGUGGUCCAUCGUUGAAUGAGCAUGCUCAGAAGUCAUUUAACCCCCAGCAACCAAUGGGUGGUCAGCAGCAGCAAACCACGUCGGCUCCUCAACAGCAAAAGUCUGAGGAAGAAAAAGCUUUCGAUAUUAUUAAUGGUGUUGUGAAUGAUGUGAAAAAUCUGGAAGCAAAUGUGAACGUGUUUCAGGGGAAGAAGACGGACAAGGGGUACAAAUACUUAGAGGAGAUGCUAACUCGGAGCCUCCUGAAACUUGACGGGGUGCAAGCUGGGGGUCAGGACAGGAUCCGAGAUUCACGAAGGCAGGCUGUCAAACUGAUCAAUGCUGCCUUGGACCUUCUCGAACUCAAGGCUUGUGCAAGUGAACAAAAUGUUGAACACAUUGACGAUCAACGUUCGGGAUACCAAGAACAUACAGGGGGAAAUGGUAGUACUUACGAACAGUACAGCUCAAUGCCUCCCCAUUUGUCUGCAGGUGAUGCUGAACAGUCACGUAGGGCUGAGGGCAUCAAUAAUGAAACUCAGCCUAGUGAUUCUAAUAAUGAGAAGAAGCCGGGAGAGAAGGACCCCAGCCAUGUGAGAGAGAUGUUACUAGAGAGUGAGGUUUCUUGUUAAACUGUUGGACUGUUAGUGUUAAAUUAUAGAUGCACAGUCUUCUAAUGCCACUAUUUUUUAUGUAACUCUUGUAUUUAACUUAUUAAUGAUCUGUGUUAAUGAUGAAUAAAUAUUUAUUUAUUGGAA